AUGGGGAAGGUGUCGAAGGCCCGCAAGCGGAAGGGCCGCCAACAGGCUCUGAAGUCCGACGCAAUGGACGAAGACAAACCCCAAAACAGCGGAAAGCUUUCGGAAACUGCGAAAGGCGAAGAGGAAGGAGCAGAAGGCACAAGCAGCCAUGCCGUCUUCAAGCGCCAUGCUGCUGAGAGAAAAGCAGUGAAGCAGAAAAUCGCGGUUUUGAAGCAGCGGCGGAAGAAGCUGCGGAAGAAGUUUCCGAAAGAAGCUGCAGAAAAACGUGAAAUAAACAAAAAGAUUAAAUCUUUGAUAAAAGAAAUAACAGACAAACAUGAAAAAGAAUUAAAAGAAUUGGGAAUUGUCAAGACAGCUGGCGCUGACGAACUCAAAGAUGAAGAUAUCGACAUCGACAACUAA